UGUUCUCCGGUGAUCCUAAAGUGACGAGCCGCAGAAACAAGAUGUCGCUUAAUAACGUCGAGCUCGCGCCACUUGUGCUCUGAAUCUGUACGGCUUUGUUUGUUUGUUUGUUGUUGUUGUUCGCGGAGCAACAAGAAGCCUUCUUUUCUUCUCGGGCUAAUAAUGCGGUGGUGUGGCGGCGAUCCGGACGCGACCUGAAUAUUUAUGAGGAGCCAAAGAGUCGCCUCCACCACCUCCUCCUCCUCCACCUCCUCCGCUUUGUUCCUCCCUUUCUCACACUAACAAAACUUGAGGAGACUUUUUUUUACCGUAAUAAGGCCGCAGUCACUGAACUAGUUGCCCAGAUGAAGCAGGACCCACAGGAUGGAGAGCUUAAGAGACAGCUACACGACCGGCGCAUAUCAGCCCUGAGCGACAAGCAAAAUCAGACGUUGUGUAAAGGACUUAAUGAACUUCAGAACGGACAGAAGCUGGCAGUCAGAAGUUGUCCCGUCGGCUCCACCAAGCCUCUGACUCUCAUCAAGCCUCCCAGCCAGAGCAUCGCCAUCUCCGUGGUGCCGGCCAAGGCCCCCGUUUCCAUGGUGACCGCACACAUCAACGGACAGAAGGCGGCGAGCUCGGACCCGCUGCAGACGUCCCCCAUCAACCUCCAGACGGGCGGCAGGGUGGCGUCCGCCGGCGUGCACGCGUUCAGCAGCAGGAGAGCCGGAGAGCUGCCUCCCUCCCAGAUGCUGGGAACUCUCACUGCUGUGCCCAUCAAGGUGCCUCAAGUCAGCUCCCUGCACCGGCUGGCAGGACAAGCAGCCACUGUGCUACCUCAGGUCAGGCCAAAGACGCAGAUCCCCGACAGCCUCCCUCAGGGCCCCGCCCCCCAGCUGCAGCCUGUGAGCCUGCAGAGGGCCGUCGCUGUGGUCACCCCCCGCAGCCAGGGCCCCUCUGCCGCCGGGGGCCCCACCGCUGUCAACCCCACCGCCGUCAGCCCCCGCAGCCAGGGCCCCUCUGCAGUCAGCCCCCGCAGCCAGGGCCCUUCUGCAGUCAGCCCCCGCAGCCAGGGCCCCUCUGCAGUCAGCCCCCGCAGCCAGGGCCCCUCUGCAGUCAGCCCCCGCAGCCAGGGCCCCUCUGCAGUCAGCCCCCGCAGCCAGGGCCCCUCUGCAGUCAGCCCCCGCAGCCAGGGCCCUUCUGCCACCGGGGGCCCCACCGCCGUCAGCCCCAUCGCCAAGGGCCCCACCGCCGUCAGCCCCAUCGCCAAGGGCCCCACCGCCGUCAGCCCCCGCAGCCAGGGCCCCACCCUGCCCACGGCCAACAGCACCUUCAGCCCCGACCAGCAGCCCAGCAGACAGAGUGACGCCCCACUGGUCCACGGCCCUUCGGGGGGCCCCGACUCUGAUGGACCCGUCCAGCAGGCCUUGGCGGGCCCCGGCGUGGCGUACGCCAUCAUCGCCUCCUCGCCUGCCCCCAGCAACGGGUCAUCUGCCGCCAGCGAGGGUGUCAAGGUGAUAAUAAUCCAGCCGCAGGCCCCCAGCAGCCCUGAAGGGGCCCCGGCUGACCCCCUGUCACACGAGGCCCCGCCGGCCCCCACAUGCCCGUCCCACAAGAAGGGCGAGGACCCCAAGAAGGUGGCCUUCAUGGUGGCCCUCGGCCUCGUCACCACGGAGCACCUGGAAGAGAUCCAGACUAAAAGACAAGAGAGGAAGAGGCGGAGCACGGCCAACCCGGCCUACAGCGGCCUGUUUGAGCCCGAGCGUAAACGUCUGGCGUCACAUUACCUGAACAGUUCGCUCUUCCUGUCGGCACGAGACUCUGAGGAUUUCAGCUGGAAGAAGGAGGACGUGGAGCAUGAGGACCUCUGCGCCGUCUGCAAGGAGGACGGAGAGCUGCAGCCCUGCCACAACUGCCCCAGAGCCUUCCACCCCGACUGCCUCCACCCGCCCCUCAAGACCCCCCCCAGGGGGCCCUGGUACUGCCCCAAGUGCCAGAAGAAGGUCCUGAACAAAGAAAACAUGUCGUGGCCUCACAACUUCGUCCAGUCGUACGUCACGCACAAGACGGUGCGGCAGGAGGAGAAGCGACGUCUGCUGAGACGAAGCUCUGAGCUGAAGAAGGAGUUUUCUCACCUGGAGGAAGAAGACGAGAAGCUGAGCGACUCGCUCAAACAGUGCAUGGACCUGAGGGAGCGGCUGCUGGGACAACAGAGAGACACUCAGGCGUCACUGGAGCGCCUCAAAGCUCUCAUCCGCUUGAUCCAACGCGACCAGCUCAUCCAGGUCACCAUGACGACCACCGCCACCAUCGCCGCCGCCUCCCUGCUCUCCCAGUCCUGGAUCAAACCCACCAGCGCCGCCCCACCGGGCCCCUCGGCCACGCCCCUGCUUCAGAAGAGCCACGCCCACAGCCAGGAGGACGUCAAGUAGCGACCUUUUGAAGGCGGUGAUGAUUUCUCUUGUUGAAUAAUAUCGUUUGAGGAGCUGAUAAAGAGCCUCUUCACUCCAUUCAAGUAUUUUUUAAGACCCAACACCUACAGUGCUUACGAGAUUUCUUUUUUUAUGUUAUUUAUUAAUGUUCUUGGCCUUAAUGUAUUUAUUACAAGAAGUUAGACGAGUGCUGCAUCCUCCUGAUGUUUCCCUUUUGUAGGCAGCGUAGCGAGGGAGCUAACUAGCGCUAGUUAGCUAGCGCUAGUUAGCCAACGCGAGGACUGUACAGUGAUAUAUCUCACUAGAUGUUUCUUUCAUCCUAUGAACAAUGCUUUUUGCCAUAAUGAUUCAGGAAAAUGUUUUCAUCGUGUAUGUAAACGCAUACGAGCCUUCAAACAAAAACAGAGUAACUUUCAGUAUUAAUAGAGUUAAAGUCAAAGAAAAAAGUAUUUAAGAUAAAACUACAGAAAUGAGCUAGUAUUUUCCUGUGUACAUACGUCGUAUCAUCAUGUGACCACGUGAGUCUCUGCUUCGCAUCGCAAACAACAACAACGGGACUUCAGGUCAAAGGUCGGGGGCGGAGCCUGAGAGCGUCAGUUAUUACCCACAAUGCCGAGUACAGCAACAUAGAAACAAGUCAAAUAUUACAUUUAUUGAUUUACUGAGAUGAACUAACUGUAUUUAUUUCAUAUUAAUCCAUUGAACAUUUUGGAAUAGAAUUCUAUGAUGAUUCUUCAUCAGCACAAAAUUCAACAAAGACAUCAAAGGUUUGUAUAAUUAAUAAAAUAGUUUACUUUGAGAUCUUUUGAUGUGUAAAAUGAAAUCAUGAAUCAGAUUUGAACUGAAACUGAGCGUUAAACGUUGAGUUCAUGAGUGACGAGGAUGAAGAUUUCAUGUUGCUGCUUGUUUUGCGUCACCGAGAUCAAAGAGAAGCAGAGACUGCCGUGAUGUUUGUCCCCCCCCCUUUAAACCAGUAUAGGAAAUAUGCCAAAAAGCCCUUUUCUUUGUUUCUGUACUGGGACGUCUUCGUGCUUCGCUUCGUCCCGUUUUAUAUUUGUCUUUUUUUACUCGUGUUUAUUGAGACGAACACUGCCUCACGGACAAAAUAAUAGAGACACUAGAAGACAAAGACAAGGGUAGAGACACGUCUUCUGAGGUCCCUUUGUGCUUAAGGAACCUGUCCCCGAGAAGAUGAUGGACAACGUCCAGGUAGAAAGCGUCUGUCUCGCUCGUCUUCCUGCUGGUCCAGAGGUUCCGUUCACGUGUUCUACUUUUUAUUUCCCAUCGAGGUGCACGAACAUGAACAAGCGUUUCCCAUAAUUCAGAGGGAGAGACGUCGCAGCAGGAGGAGGAGUCUGUUCUGGUUUGAUUCAUAAAUCGUUUCCAUAUCGCCUGAGUUUGAAGCAUCCGAGAUACUGAACGGGUGUUUUUGUAGGAGAGUGUUGCAUUGUGGGAUGAAAGAGUAGGAAAACACAACAUCAAAGUUACAAAAUAUAGUUAUUGUUUAUUUGAUGAUCAAUUAAUCACCCAAAAUAAAGAAAUCUAAAUAUAUGAUACACAAAGAUUCACACACAUGAACACAUGAAACAUCUUGACUUGACCUUUGACAUUUUCUGUGUUUUCAAACUUCAUUUCUCUGCAUGAAGUGAGAAGGAACCUGUCAAUCAACAGUGAGCCAAACGCACACGUUACGGUUCAGAAUAAAUGCUUCACCACUCAGAGCCUGGGGGACGUCUGGGGGACGUCUGGGGGACGUCUGGGGGACGUCUGGGGGACGUCUAGGGGCUUCUAGGGGACGUCUGGGGGACGUCUGGGGGACGUCUAGGGGCUUCUAGGGGACGUCUGGGGGACGUCUGGGGGACGUCUAGGGGACGUCUAGAGGACGUCUGGGGGACGUCUGGGGGACGUCUAGGGGACGUCUGGGGGACGUCUAGGGGACGUCUGGGGGACGUCUGGGGGGCGUCUAGGGGACGUCUGGGGGACGUCUGGGGGCUUGAUGUUGUUCCCUGACCCUAAAAGGCGGCCCACCUCCCGUCAUGAGUCAACGAGCCUUUAUGAAACCAAAGUGUUGUUCCUCUUUAACGCCGAGAACACUCACUUUACUUCAUACUUUACUUCAUACUUUGGUACAAUAUUCACAUUGUAACUAAACAUCUGUUUAUUUACAAUGAACUGAAAACAUGAAACACUCAGACUUCAUUUAGUUGUAAAUUACUAAUCUGACUCGUCUUAGACUUUGAUAAAUGUGGAAUGUGCUGCAUACGAUGAUCCAUGUGAUGGAGGGACAUGGUGGAGGGACAUGAUGGAGGGACAUGGUGGAGGGACAUGGUGGAGGGACAUGAUGGAGGGACAUGGUGGAGGGACAUGGUGGAGGGACAUGAUGGAGGGACAUGGUGGAGGGACAUGGUGGAGGGACAUGGUGGAGGGACAUGGUGAAGGGACAUGGUGAAGGGACAUGGUGGAGGGACAUGAUGGAGGGACAUGGUGGAGGGACAUGGUGGAGGGACAUGGUGGAGGGACAUGGUGGAGGGACAUGAUGGAGGGACAUGGUGGAGGGACAUGGUGGAGGGACAUGGUGGAGGGACAUGGUGGAGGGACAUGGUGAAGGGACAUGGUGAAGGGAC